AUGGCUAGCAAAUCGUCGGACCUCAAAAUUGUAUUUGGCGCAAUGACCAUUGGUCAAGCUGGAUUGCCGGGAUGUCGACAAACGACACCGAAAGAAGUUAAGGAUGUCCUGGACAAGUUUCAGCAACAUGGUCAUCGCGAGGUUGAUACUUCCCGCAUAUAUGCGCAAGGGACAUCCGAGACUUUCCUCGGAAACAGUUCCUGGCAGGAGAGAGGACUAAAGAUGCAGACCAAAAUUUAUCCCUCCGCCGGAAAGAUCAUGGGGGACACGGAGAAUUACACUUUCAGUCCAGAGGAUCUGCGACGAGCGUUGACCGCUAGCCUGGAAGCUCUUCAAUGCGACCAAGUCGACCUGUGGUAUCUUCACGCACCUGAUCGAAAGACGCCCCUGGAGGUCACUUUGUGCGAAGUGAAUAGACUGCACGGUGAAGGCAAGUUCAAACGUCUCGGACUGAGCAAUUUCAUGUCCUGGGAAGUUGCGCAAGUAUGUGAGAUCUGCGAUCGCCACGGAUGGAUCCGUCCCUCUGUCUACCAAGGCAUCUAUAACCCGGUGCAUCGUGCGAUCGAAGCCGAGCUUCUUCCAUGUUUGAGGAACUACGGCAUUGCUUUGUAUGCCUUCCAGCCGUUAGCCGGGGGUGUAUUGACCGGUCGCUACCAAUACGAUACAACCUCAUUUGAAGCUGGAUCACGAUAUGAUCCUAACAACAAGCAGAGUGCGACCAUGAAUGCUCGUUACUGGGACAAAACUACCUUUGAAGCCCUUAAUAUCAUCCAGAAGGCUGCCGAGAAGCACGAUCUCUCUGUUCCUGAAUGUGCUUUUCGCUGGCUGGUGCACCAUUCCCAGCUCAAUAGUUCACAUGGCGAUGCUCUCAUUAUCGGAGCAAGCAGCGUUGUUCAACUGGAGAAUAACCUAGCAGAUAUUGAGAAAGAUACUCUUCCCGAUGACGUUCUACAAGCGCUUGAAGAGGCAUGGCAGUAUAUUCAAAAUCCUGUCCGGAAAUAUUGGCAUUGA